ACGACGACUUAGUUAUAGUUGUAUAUGAUAUACAUUACAGUGAUAUUAACAAACAUUUAUAUCCAUUGACGUGUAAUUUGUAUUGUUUUUAAAGUUAAAACAUUUGAUUAUAUAGUUAUUUGAAUGCAAUUUAAUACUAAAUGACAGCCAAUUGUUGACAUAUUUGAUCCAUCGAUAAAUCUUUUGUAUUUACUUUGUUUUGAUCACCGGUCACUAUCUUCACCCAAUUAUGGAUCAAUUUACUAUUUUGAUGUUGUUAUCAUUUUCCAUGCUUUUCGGCAGUUACUUUUCGGGAACCAUUCCUCUGGUGUUUAAUUUUUCGGAGGACAGAGUCAGACUGUUGACGGUUCUGGGAUCCGGUAUUUUAGUGGGCACUGCCCUCAGCGUUAUAAUACCCGAAGGGGUUAACACAUUGUACACAUCAUCACACGAAUUUCACGCUCAUCUCAAAUCAAUGGCCACUAAUCAGACCCGAACUGAAGACAACCCACAUUCAGUUAUUGGCCUGACUUUAGUAACGGGUUUUGUGUUGAUGUUAUUGAUCGACCAGUUCUCUAACCGACACACAACUCCUUCCAACACUUAUGUGUCACUACAAAGUGAAUUGGCCGAAAACGGCGAUAGUUUAUCUAAAUCUGUGAUUCCCAAGAGAUCUUCAAAAAUAACGGCAACCAUUGGUUUAGUGGUUCAUUCUGCCGCCGACGGUAUUGCGUUGGGAGCGGCGGCCACCACAUCUCAUACCGACGUAGAGAUGAUAGUAUUUUUGGCUAUAAUGCUGCACAAAGCACCGGCAGCUUUUGGUUUGGUCACAUUCCUGAUGCACGAAGGACUCGAACGAUCUAAACUACGCAAACAUUUACUUGCGUUUUCAUUGAGUGCACCGAUAGCUGCAUUUAUCACAUUUUUCGGCAUCAGUCAGGGCGCCAAAGAAGCCCUUUCCGACUAUAACGCCACAGGUAUAGCAAUGUUAUUUAGUGCCGGCACUUUUUUAUAUGUGGCCACUGUUCAUGUAUUACCUGAGAUAACACAACACCAACACUUAAAAAUUACUGAACUUUUAGCUUUAAUAUUUGGCUCUUUUAUACCAUCUUUAUUGACUGUUAAUCAUCAUCAUUAAUGGUAUAUAAAUUUAUUGUUAAAUAGUUUAUAUAAAAAUAAUUUAUUUUGUGAAUUGUUUGACUGUAUGGAGUCAACCAACAAACAAAACGAAAACAAAAAGAGAUUUAUUAAUUACGAUAAGUUAUACCAUACAUGUCUCCGAAGUUGUCUGUGAUAUAUGUCCCAUCAAAUCCAUGUAUUGUGAACGACUCUUCUAACAGUCUUCGCCAUAAGUGAUUCAUCAGUUCCAAAGACAUGAGGUAUAGACAAAGUUUGAGAUUAAUUGUUAUAAUUGAAGAAGAAUGUCAUUGAAAAAAGUUCACACAAUAAUUGUAUAAUAAUUUAUGACAAAAAAAACAGAGAAUGUCAUGAAAAGGACAUUCAUUAUACGGCAAUAAAUCAUUUAUUUGAAAAAAUCAAUUAAAACGUUGUUUAAUAAAUCAAAAUAAAUAAAAAAUACUUUUUUUCUAUGACUUAACGUAUGAAAUUGAUAAA